AUGCACUUCGCCACGCUGAGCGUCACUCUGCUUUCGCUGCUUCUCGCCGUCUGCUCGUCCCGAGCCGAUGAAGGCUGCGAUGACAGCAUCAAAAACUACCUGGAGUGCUACAGUGAAGUCAAGGAGGUAGCGGAUGAGGUUGUCAAAAAACUCGAUACUUUCGAUGACAAUCUCGACGCCUGUUUCACCAGCAACGAUUGUAAAGUUGAAGAUAAGGAGGAGCAAGAAGAAAAGAAGGUCAUCGACAGUAUUCCGGAGAAGUGCAUGAACGAUCUGGUAGCCAGCGCGAACAGUCUAAUGAAGAACUGUUGGGAGAAGCACUAUCCUCACGUGGCUGUAAUAUUGGAAAACGUAUCGAUCUCUUCUGACGUCGUUCAAGACUCGAUGAUCACGUUCGACCAGUUGCUGGACAUGUACAACGAAGACCUGUACAAGGACGCGGCGAUCGACGCGUUUUACGCGUUGUAUCUGCUGAAGAACAACAGCGUCUGCAGCGCAGAGCAACAGGAACAGGUGAACAAGUGCCUCGUUGACCUGUUUGAGACGGUUGCGGUGAAGCACAAGACGACCAACAUGUUCCUCCGACUUCUGGACAGUGAAAAGAGGUUCAACAGCUUCUGCAAAGACCACAAAGCGUGCUACGAUAAAAUGCCCCCGGUCUGCGUGAAGCAGCUGAACGACGACCAGGCAGGUUACUGUAAAUGCCUGGACGAGAACAGCGAAGCGCUCGUUUCUGAGUUCAGCAAAUGCAGCGGCUUUUCGCAGGUGACGCUGACCGGGCCUAAGAUCUGCGAAGAAACGGCAGGCGCCAUGUUUUGCCGUAACAGCUUCAUGGAUGCGUUGAUCGACUUGCAGCCGGUCGUUGACGACGAAGACCAACCAGAGCCAACGACCAGAAGGAAGCGAGACCUGUUGCGAAAGUCGAAGAAAGGGAUAGCCAUUCGUAUAGGGCAUCGCUGA